AUGUCCUCGAAGAGAUUAAUUCGAAAAGAAUCAUUGGUAUCCAAAGUACAAUCAUUCCCCUUUGAUUUUUACCUUUACUUGAACGAAUUGAGAUUAUCAAUCGAUUGGGAUGAAUACGCAACAUCAGUUGGAUUGCCCACGGGUAUUGGCCUCUGCUCAUUGUCACUAAUCAUUCAAUCAAUUCUAUCAUACUACAACUCCAUAAACAAGAGGUCCAAGAAUGUACUUUUCGACUCUAAUUACUACCAAUACGAAAAUCUCAAAUCAGUGGUUAGUUCUAAGCGACAAUUGCAUGAUUAUGAAAUAAAUACCACAACUACUAACACCGUAGUGUGGCUCUUCAAUGCGAUUCAGAGUAUCGUAAUAUUUUUGUCGAUUUUGAACACGAUUUUGAUAUUUGCUAGCACAAGAGAUUAUCAGCUUUUGUAUCACAAGACGAAGCCCAAGUACAAAUCAGCAGUACACCCAGCUGAUCGGGAGUCAUAUUUCUACUGGCUAUUGUAUCACGUCGUGGUUUUCUUUUCAAAGGAUGAUGAAGCAGAGGACGAAGAUGACGAUGCGAUGGAUACCACUGCCAAUAUAGAAGAUGGAGAAUCUUGGCAAUUACGAACAUGGCAACCCUCAAAAUUUUCCUUGUACUUCUUUGUUGGUCUAAAUCCCAUUAACAACAUUAUAAUUGCCAAUUUCACACAACAAUCUUCAUCAUUGAGUAUAAUUGUUUUGUUGCUGCUUGUUUCAUAUUUCAACUACAAGUUGAUUGAUUGCUUUUUGAGCUUGGUUCAAGAUAAGCAAAUAAUAUAUCAAGAGACGUUCAAGGAGUUUAAUGACAAAUUUGUCAAACCAAAAACUAAUGUUUUGAAAAAGGAUGCAAUGGUGGAUGCUACUUUAGGCCCUUUGUACUCAUCGGUACUAGUUAACCACGAGCCGUACACUUUCACGAAACUGAAGGUGUUCACCACGCAUGAUCCAAAAGGGAAAGAGGUGAAAGAAUUUAUUGACAGCGGGAGUGAUGAAACUGUACACCCAAAUGAUUUCGAUAGAUCUGAAUACAGAUCCCAAAGCCGCAAUUUAAGUCGCUUCUCCAGUCGUCGAUCGAGUAUAUACGACCGCACGGAAAUGCAAACAAUACCACCAUUUGCUUUCCGUAGAGGACAGGAUUACGCUUCUUCGACUCCUUAUGACGGACUACAGCAAUCCUCAUUCAGUCGCAUGCAGAGCCCCAGUCCAUCACGUUACUCAAACAGUGUCAAUUACAAUAGGUCUCCUAAUUCAGCUAGAAAUGCAAUCAGUCAACGAUUGAGUCCUCAAAAACUAUCACCUGGUAAACCGGAUUUGGCACAUCCCAGAAGAGAUAGUAUCGGACACUCCAGUAUACAUAGUUCGCCUUCAUUUCACCGAUCUCCAUCACCACAGAGAAGUUCAAUUUUUUACCGCAGUCCAUCGCCUACUCGUCAUAACGAUAGGAAGCCCGGCUGGAGGUAG